AUGGGACAAGGUUCUUCCACAAACAACAAGCAGCAGCAGCAGCUUCAGAAGAAUGAUUCUGUUGAACAAGUGGAAUCAGUUGAACCUAAUGAAGAUGAUGAUAUGAGUAGAAUUGGAAGUUUAAAGAAAAACAAAUGGCUGCGUCAAAAGCCAAAUGACGAGAAACCGAAAAAAUCCAAGAAAAAUGACAAAAAGAAAAAGAAGAAAGAUGAUCAAGAUGAGGUUUCCUCGGCCACUUGCAUAAGUGAACCAGAUCGAACAUCAUUGAGACAUUCAAGAAUUGAAUUGCACCUGGAAGAAUGUCAACCAGCCCCAGAUGAAGAUGAUGCAAUUUCUCUAUCAUCUUGUGGAGAGGAUCUUCAGAAAAAUCUCAAAGACAUUGAAAGUGAAGAACGACCGAGUCUUCUUAAUUGUGACUACAGUAGCAGUAGUGUCACUGCUAGUCCAGGGGAAAGUCUGUCCAGUGGGCAGGAUAGUGGAUUUGCCAGGGGCAAUACCAUUCAUUCAGUGUCAAAUCUUAAUGAUGCAUCCAUGACAGAAAACUCCCAAAUGUUGAAUGAGCCAUCAUCCUCUGAGCUAUCAACACCUGAGAUUAUAACUGCAAAUGAGUUUCACAACAACUGCACAGAUAGCAGCAGUGGCUCUGCAGCUAGUCCGCAACAACCAAAAGAUUCAAAGGAAACAGUUGAACAAACUCCUUCCAAUUCAACACAACCAAUUCCAGACAAUACCACUGGUGCCGUCUUUGUAUAA